GCCCCCAAUAUUCAAAUCCCUACCCUCUCGAAUAUGUCUUCCAAUUCGUGAAUUCAAAGGAAUCUCUUUCCUUUCUAACUACUUUUUUUUUUCCUUCUCUUUCUCCAUCUUCAUAAUCAUUUUCAUACCAAACGCUGCUUCUUAUUAUUUUUUUUCUUUUCUUUUUGCUUCAAUCGAACUCAACAAAUACCCUUCUCCCUCUUCUUCCCUUUCCAUUUCUCUAUCUCUGAUAGCUCUGAUUUCGCUCUCUCCCUCAGAAUUCGGACUGAGUUAGGGAGAGAGAGAGAGAGAGGGGAGAGGAAAGGAAAUGAUGAAGCUCUCGGCCCUUCAGCAGAGCUACCUGAACCGCCGGCCGGGGAGCUUCAGGGGAGCGGCUCCAUUAGAUUCGUCGGCUGACGGCGCGAUUAAGUCGCCGGCGGCGGUGUUCUGGCUCGUCCUCCAUGGACUCUGCUGCCUCAUCAGUCUCGUCCUCGGGUUCCGCUUCUCCCGGCUGGUCUUCUUCUUCAUCUUCUCCACAUCCGUCACCACCAACACGAAUCACUUCAUGGCGCCCUUCCGCCAGCUGACCACCACCACUGCUGCUGACGUUGCGUUCAAUUUGCCGUCGAAUCCGACUUCUGGCGGUGGUGUUGGAGAUGCGACGCUUAACAGGACCAGAGUUGUAGUCGGUCGUCACGGGAUCCGGAUCCGGCCCUGGCCGCACCCGGACCCGAUCGAGGUCAUGAAGGCGCACCAGAUAAUUGAGAGAGUGCAGAAGGAGCAGCGGAAUCAGUUCGGAGUGAAGAAUCCGAGGACCGUCAUCGCCGUCACGCCGACAUACGUGCGGACCUUCCAGACCCUGCAUUUAACCGGCGUCGUUCACUCGCUGAUGCUCGUCCCUUACGAUGUCGUCUGGAUCGUCGUGGAGGCCGGUGGAGUCACUAACGAGACCGCUGCGAUCAUUUCGAAAUCCGGUGUGAAAACCAUCCACAUCGGGGUUGAUGAGAAAAUGCCCAACACGUGGGAAGGACGCCAUAAAUUGGAGGCCAAAAUGCGGCUUCGAGCUUUGAGGGUUGUGAGGGAUAAGAAGCUGGAAGGGAUUGUGAUGUUUGCAGACGAUAGUAAUAUGCACAGUAUUGAACUCUUCGAUGAAAUUCAGAGUGUGAACUGGUUUGGUGCGGUUUCCAUUGGUAUUCUUGCUCAUUCAGGUGGUGCCGAGGAGUUAUCCUCAUUUGCAACGGUUGAGAAGGAAGUAGAAGAGAAAGAGAAGAAGCAGGCAAUCCCUGUUCAAGGUCCUGCCUGUAAUGAAUCUAGCAAAUUGGCUGGUUGGCACACCUUUGAUCCACAGCCGUAUGAAGGGAAUAACGCGAUUUUUAUAGAUGAUAGAGCAACCGUGCUGCCUAUGAAGCUGGAGUGGGCUGGUUUUGUAUUGAAUUCAAGGUUGCUAUGGAAGGAUAAUGAAGAUAAGCCUCAUUGGGUUAGGGAUUUAGAUUCCAUGGUUGAUGGUGAUGAUAUAGAGUCUCCUUUAUCUCUAUUGAAGGAUUCUUCAAUGGUGGAACCACUUGGAAGCUGUGGCAAACAAGUUUUACUUUGGUGGCUUCGAGUUGAAGCUCGUACAGACAGCAAGUUCCCUGCUGGGUGGAUAAUCGACCCACCACUGGAAAUCACCGUGCCAUCAAAACGAACGCCAUGGCCAGACGCUCCUCCGGAACUCCCAUCUGACAACGAAAAGGCAGUGAACAACAUGGAAGAGUCACAGCCAAUCGUUAAGCACACAAAGACGCGAUCAUCAAGAUCUAAGCGCAGAAGUAAGAGGAAGCAUGAACCAAAAACUGUGGUGGACACAAAGGAGCAGUCUGAGCAAAACUAAAUAUAGAGAACUUCCUGGCAAGAAACAUGUGAGAUAAUCGUAUUCUUGCUGCUUUGCACCUGAAACUUCCGGCCUCUCUAUCAGAGAUACAUGAUGAAGCUGAGGGAGUCAUGAUGAUCAAUCAUACUGGAAGAGAAGGUAAAAACCCUUUUACAGGUUGGCAAGAUGGAGAUGUAACUUGGCCAUUCUUUUCUUUUUUACCAUUCUCUAUCAUAUUUGUUUUCUUUUUAAUUCUUGGGGGGAAGUUGUGGGCAUUUAGUAUCGUUUUAAUCAAUCUUUGUAGUCAUCCAGCUAGCCCUAUAUCUGGUUGCUGUUGUUGUUGUAGGAGAAGGAUUGUCAGGGACAGAAAAGAGGGGGAAAGGGGGUUAUAUUUGUAUGAUAUAAUGGAGAGAGGGGAGUCGAAAAUUUUAUACAUGAAAUGAAGGGGUCGUUUGCUAUGAGAAUAUGUUACCUAAUGUUGUCGACUGAGGUCGUUGGCAUGUCGAGCAAGUGAUUUGAGUGCUAAUGGUGAGGUUGUUGAUCGGUAGAGUAAGUGAUUUGAGUGGUUUUAUGUUGGAUAUAUGAAAAAUUUCAUUAUAUUCAUAAAUUUUUAAAUUAUAUCAAAUCUCAUCUAACAUAUGAGUUUACUCAUAUAAUGUUACACCAAAAUAACAUUUUGUACUUGCAUCCAACAUAUAGUAAAAAUCAAUGUAGAUAAAAGUGAGUUUCUACGUAGAAACAUUUUGGUGAUCUAAAAGCGUAAAAUCUUAAGUUUUUAAGCAGAGUUUUUAACUACAUAAGUUAUAAAAACUGAGAUUUUGUGUAGAAACGUUUUAGUGACCUAGAAACGCGAUUUUGACUACAUUAGUAAAAAUGCAAAUACACUUAUAUAACAUUAAUAAUAUUCAAGUGUUCAAUGUAAAAUUUCAAAGAUAGAGUUAGAUACUUAGACGAAGAGUAAAGCUAGAAAAAAGAUGCAUUUCGCAAACCAAAAUAAAAAAACGAUGUUGUAUGACCUCUAACCCGGGAACCUUGCUGCAGGUCGACCCGCGAGUGUAUGACACCCAUUUUCUCAUCGGGCCAGGGUCAAAACGUGUCAACCCGCUAGUUGACAACCUUAUUGGUACCAAACACAUCAUUUAAUCAAAAUCUUUUGUUUGUUUGUUCAAAAAAUCCGGACACAAACUUGUGAAGUCCACAUAUUUUGAUUUAUUUUUUGCUCUGGAUCUGUUGCCCACGAAUUUAUAAAUCUCACGUCAUAACUUGGGAUUUGAAUAGCGACUAAAAAUCAAUGUGUAAAAUGACAUCUCUAUCCCCAUAACUUUCUCUUAUUCCAAAUUUGCCCUCCUAUUUCUCCCAUCCUUGUGUUGAAUUUUUGCCCAUCUCUCUCCUAAUAGAGAGCUCCAACAAAAAAAGAAGAAACUCCUGCUAAAUUGGAGUACAGUUGGUGGCAAGAGAUAUCAGUCUCGACAGUUUUUUGUCGUCGUCCUCUAGCAACACCUAGGGCUGGAAAUUUGGUAUCUGUAUUUGGGAUAUACCGAAUACCGUACCGAAUUUAUCACUAUUUGGUAUUUCGAAUACCGAUUUAUCUUUUAAGAAUUGGGAUUGAGAUUCAUGUUGGAGUACUAUUCAGUAUUCAGGAUUGUUGGGAUAUGGAUUAAUAUGCCUAAUAUGAUAAUGGUACACAUAACUAAUGAGUCUAAGUCAACUCUAAGGCACCACUCCUAGGGCCUCCAACUCAUUCAGAGGCCUCAGCCUCUAAGGCACCUCUCCUGAGGUCGCCAGCCCACCUUGAGGCGUUAGGCUAAAGAAAGCCCCAAGGCGUCAGACCAAGGAAGCGCCAGACUACUAUAUAUAGAGGCUCAAACCCUCCAAGCAAAGGACCUCCCUCUUUGCUUCACACAUUUGAUCCACCACACUUGGUUUUCUCUCAAAACCCUUUCUUUCUCUACAUUUACGUUACAUACAUCUUCCUCUACAUCGAAUUAACUUGGGCUUCAGAGUGUAGAUCACGGGGGCCACUCCCUGCUCAUCACAAAUUCCUCACCUCCCAAAGAGAUCGAAUGAGAGAGUCCAGAUCAGUGCCCCAAAUGAUCAUUGUUAUCCGCCCCCUAGUACAUGUUGGGCGUAAACAAGGAUUAUGGGAUUGGGAUCGGUAUAUACCGAAAUACCGAGAAACAUCACAAAAUUGAAAAUUAAUGAAAUAUAGCACUCUUCCACAAUUUACAAGUCUCCAUCCAACCCAAUUUUGACUUUCUAGUUUAGUCACUCUCGUUUCUCACCUAAUCUCUUGUCAUUUUAAUAACACCAAAAAGCAAACACUAGUAUUAGUCGUUGCUCAACCUCCAAUCCGUCGAAUUAAAAAUUACCAAUGACAAGAACUUAAAAUGUCACAUGUCCUCCGUUUUCCUUAUCCAAGUCCUAACUCUAGGCAAACUCAAUACCCUUUGCCUAGUCUCUUUGCCCUAAAUUAGACAACCAAAUCUAACUUAUAUAUAUUUAAUUAAAAAGGUAAUUAAUUUUAUAUUCAAUAAUACCGAUUAGGAUACCAAAAUAUUUAGUGAUUGGGAUUGGCAUACCAAAUAUAUUUAUGGAUUGAGAUUUAUUUUAGGGUGUGAUUCGAGAUACCGAUGUCGUACCAAUUUCCAACCCAAACAACAACGGUGAUCUGAAGAACCAUGUUAGCACUGGUUCAAUCUCCAUAUGCUUCCAUUAGGAACCAUAACCCUUAAAUGGCAACGGGAAACACAAGGAUGGGAAAAAGAUGUCAAUGCAACGACAAGAUGUUGAGGCGGAAGGAGACUCUGCCACCAUACUAAUUACAAAUGUUAUUUUGGGAAGAGUUAUGUGCUUCUCUCUUUGUCUCAUAUGCAGAUGGGGAACGAGGGUAUAGGACUUGUGAACAAACCCUUCUUCUUGAGGGAUGAAUGAGGAAGGCCUCAACAAGGGAAGAAGAAAAUAUGGUGUGGGAACGGUGGAAAUAAAAGAAAAAAAAAAUAUAAAGGGUAAUAAAGUAAAUUAAGUUUUUAAGUUCUAAAUUCCAAAUUCAUAAAUCCAUGAUGAAAACAACUCAAUAAAUAAAGAAUUUUUAAAAUCCAUAUGGCUCAAAUCUCUAAUAAAUCUCAAUGUUUUUAAAUCCCAUGUUAUAAAUAAAAACUUCAUUUUUAAAUCUAACUAGCAAACGAUCUCGAAAUUCUCCAACAUGCUUCUAUGGGGUCGCUUGGUUUUGGUGAUAGUUUGGUUGAGAUUGUUACAAUUCAAAGGGAUGGAAAUGGGUUGGGUUGGGGCGGGUUUUGCCAAACCCAAACUCAAACCCAAACCCAUGGAUUUAUCCGCCAAAAAAACCCGGGGUAAAACCCGACGGGUUUGAAAAACUCAAACCCAACCCAACUCGUCGGGUAUCCACGGGUUCAUGAGUAUCCGUGGGCUUUUGUGGACGGCGAGGAAGUGAGCGGUGACGUCGGUCCUGAACAUGGUUCGGCCUAACUGUACACGUUUUAUCCCUGUUUCUCUUUCACGUUUGUGGCAAUUGAGCUCCAAAAGGGGUGGUUUUACACUAGGUUUCUUGUGUUUUAGAGUCUAACAGGUGAAACCAACCCCAAAGUCGAAAGUUGGAAGGAAAUGAGCAAAGACCGGGCAAAAAGGAGAAAUCAGCCUGUGUUCACGGACCAACAUUGGAGUUCACGGUCUCCAGGACCAUGAACUGGAACCACAAUCCGUGAACCAAGAAGCGUCCAAGGGAUUUCUGAGGUUACUGACGCCAAGGCUGUUCACGGUCGCUAAGACCGUGAACUGCAACCGCAAAUCAUGAACCCAAGAAGUGAAGCGGUGCAUUUUGGUAAGCUCACUGUGUUCAAGGACGCGUUUUGAUGUUCACGGUCGUGAACUUGGGCCGUGUAUAAAGGACUAGCUGAAAGGAAGAAGAAGGAGAGAGACCUAGUGUGAGAAACUUCUUCUUUUUCAGAUUUUUAGAGUGAGAAAGUGACGAACCAAAGAAGAUAAGAAGUUAGGGUUUCAUCUCCAAGCAAGAAUUUGGUGAUUCCUUCCCCAAAGGAGGAUCUCAUCAACACAAGGAGCAAGGCUAGCAUCUCUUUGAUGAUUUUCCUUCUUCUCCCAUGUGUUUUCCCUUCUCCUAGCAUGAAGUAUUCCAUUCUCUCACUUGGGUGUUUGUAAACCUAGCUACAAUUAUGUUAAUGCUUGUAUGAAUUGAAUGAUUUGUGUGUGGUUGUGUUUAAUAUGAAUGUAGAGGUAUUAUUCAUGAAUGAUUGUGUUGUGUGAAAGCUUAUCAAUCUAAUUGUCAUUCUAACCUAGGUAGAGAGAAAAUCCCCUUCCUUUCUUUGAAAGAGGCUUGCACACUGGGUUCUCUUGAGCAAUUCAUUGUCUCCUAGUUAGGUUAAUGCAGGGCAAACCUCCUAUAUCGUAUUAGCACCUAGGGUUUGGUUGUGGGUGGCCGUCCGAACUUCGAUUUGAGGGUGAAGUCUAACCAAUCCUUAGUCAAUAGGUUGAGAGAGUCGCAUUAGUGGCUUGGAUCGUAUCCCCUUCCUCGACAUAGAAACUAAGAGGGUAGUCUUGGCUACUUGUUAGACUUCCCUGUGGUUUACAACCCCUUCACCACACACGGCCAUUCGAUUCAUUAAAUCGUAAUUGCUAACUAGGGGGAACAACACCCGAGUGAAGCCUUCUCAAUUAGUGUCAAAACUAUUUCUCUUUGCAAGUAAUUUGGCUUUAGAUCCUUGUUUGUGACCGACUAUUGAGUAUUGACAUGGGUAUGGUCAAACUUGGGAAGGCAUCUCUCGCGAGAAGACAAGACGCGGGACACAACGACUCUGUAAAUUGGACUGACUUCUCGAUUCCUCGCACCCACCCUUCCUAAACCAACAGCCUUCCUUUUACCCUCAUUUCAUAUCUUCUCUUCCCAACUGCUCCGGCCAAUCUCAUUCUGCGGGCCGAGAGUGGAGAGGAAGAGAAGACAGACGGAGAUAUCCCUGACGCAAGGCAGGACAAGCGUACAAAGAAGGAAGCCAUGGGUUGCUGCGAAAGCAAAAACGUAGAUUCCAAAGCCGCCAGGGCUGCUCGUUGGCGAUCCACCGGUAUUGUUGCCUUGCGCGACGCUAAAUUGAAGGUACGCACUUCUUUCCUCUCUUCCUUUUUUCUUUUGACAACUUCUCGCUUUCUUUGUCUAUGUUGGGUUCCUUGGCACUUUCAAUAUCUUCUCUGGGUUUAUUCUCAUUGUUGGAAUUUUUUGUGGAAGCCUCAACUAUUUUGGUUGGGAAUCGUUUCUC